AUGGCUUCCCGUGUCCUUGUCUCUGGUCUUCCCCAGUCUCUCCCUCCUCUCCCCUCCGGGCCAGGACCUUCCUGUGUCCCUUGUGUCGAGGGUCGCCUCCGGGCUACUCCUCACUCCUCCCACUUCCCCCCGACAGAGGCUCCCCUGCAGACGCUUCACAUGGAUGUGUGGGGCCCAGCCCCCGUCCGUGGGCAGGGUUACGAGCGCUACUUCCUGUUGGUGGUUGACGACUACUCGCGUUACACCACAGUCCUCCCCUUGCGCAGCAAGGGUGCGGUCACUGAGGUGCUGAUCGACUGGAUCCGCGAGGCUCGUCUCCAGCUCAGGAAGAGCUUCGGCUCGGACUUUCCUGUUCUGCGUCUGCACUCUGACAGAGGCGGAGAGUUCUCUUCUCGCCUUCUGCGAGACUACUGUCGUGCACGGGGGAUCCGCCAGACCUUCACGCUUCCGGACUCACCACAGCAAAAUGGGAUUGCUGAGCGCCGCAUUGGCAUGGUCAUGGAUGUCGCUCGUACGUCCAUGAUGCAUGCGGCUGCCCCCCAUUUUCUGUGGCCGUUUGCUGUGAGGUACGCGGCGCAUCAGCUCAACCUUCACCCCCGGGUCUCUCGGCCUGCGAUGUCCCCAGUCUUGCUGUGGACAGGGAAGGUUGGCGAUGCGUCUGUGUUCCGUGUCUGGGGAUCUCGGGCGUUUGUCCGCGACUUGUCUGCCGACAAGCUGUCCCCCCGUGCUGCUCCCUGUGUCUUCCUUGGCUUCCCCACUGACGCCCCAGGGUGGCAGUUUUACCACCCCUCCUCUCGUCGUGUUCUGUCCUCCCAGGACGUCACGUUCGACGAGUCAGUCCCCUUCUACCGUCUCUUCCCCUACCGCACUCCUUCCCUCCCCCCUCCCCCGGACUUCCUUGUGCCGGUUCCCCCCCCGGUCGACCCCCUCCCCCCUCAGGUUCCUGCCCCCUCAGGUGUGUCCCAGGUAGACGCCGUUGACCCGGUCGAGGUUACUGGUGGAGGACUUGAAUGUGGACUGGACGUGGACGUGGACGUGGACGUGGACGUGGACGUGGACAUGGACCUGGACGUGGACGUGGACGUGGACAUGGACGUGGACGUGGACGUGGACAUGGACGUGGACGUGGACGUGGACGUGGACCUGGACGUGGACGUGGACGUGGACGUGGACAUGGAGGUGGACGUGGACGUGGACGUGGACGUGGACGUGGACGUGGACAUGGACGUGGACAUGGACGUGGACAUGGACGUGGACGUGAACGUGGACGUGAACGUGGACGUGGACAUGGACGUGGAUGUGGACGUGGAAGUGGACGUGGACGUGGAUGUGGACGUAGACGUGGACGUGGACGUGGACGUGGACGUGGACGUGGACGUGGACAUGGACAUGGACGUGGACAUGGACGUGGACGUGGAUGUGGACAUGGACGUGGACGUAGACGUGGACGUGGACGUGGACAUGGACGUGGACGAGGACGUGGACGUGGACGUGGACAUGGACGUGGACGAGGACGUGGACGUGGACAUGGAUGUGGACGAGGACAUGGACGUGGACGAAGACGUGGACGUGGACGUGGACGUGGACGAAGACGUGGACGUGGACGUGGACUUGGACGUGGACAUGGACGUGGACGUGGACGUGGACGUGGACGAGGACGUGGACAUGGACGUGGACGUGGACGUGGACGUGGACGUGGACGUGGACAUGGACGUGGACGUGGACGUGGACGUGGACGUGGACAUGGACAUGGACGUGGACGUGGACGUGGACGUGGACGUGGACGUGGACGUGGACGUGGACGUGGACAUGGACGUGGACUUGGACGUGGACGUGGACGUGGACGUGGACGUGGACGUGGACAGGGACGUGGACGUGGACGUGGACGUGGACGUGGACGUGGACGUGGACGUGGACGUGGACGUGGACGUGGACACGUAG